GAUACUUCCUCGAGCUCGCCCUUCCCCUUACGUCGAUCGCGCAAUCACCAAUGAGCGAACAAGCUAAACCUGCAAAUAUAACAGACCAGGCAGCCAAAGGUGGUGUCCUCACUAAGCUGAUCCUGUUCAGUCUUUCCCUGGGUAUCAUCCCUAUUUCAUCGUAUUUUCUCUCUGAAAGAUACGUUUGGAAUGGAAACUCUAAUUACGCUGCAAUCACGGCCGUCUUCGCGGCCAACGUCGUUCUAGUGACAUAUAUUAUCCUCUCCAUACUGGAAGACAAGUCUCCCGCGUCAGUCCCUCCGGAUGUACCAAAGGACACGAAGAAGAAGCAAUGAGGUUGCGCACGUAGGCGUCCUGUUCCACCUUGACGAAUCUUGAUAUCCGGUGAUAUGUUGCUACAGGCUAUUGUGAUAUCACAGGCGGUAAUUUAUAGUACCACGAACGAGGGCGCGCCAUCUAGACCGCCACUCCCCAUCGUAUGCUCCCACAUUCCGACACUGACAACAUACUCAUCCGUCUCCGCUCCUUCACUGACUCAUGGGUGGCAAGCACGAGCUCCAUCAUAUGAUUGGCCUCAGUCGCAGCCAGGACUUCUGUUCGAUAUGGGAAAGAGCCGGAGCGUGGUGACGGCGUAUUAGGCGCGGAGUCGGUCGACGUCGA